AGUCUUGUAAUAGGAAAAAACAAAACAAAAAAAAAACGCCAAUUAGUGCGGAUUGAGGAAGUUGUGGGCGUGUAAUGGGUUAACGGCGGAAGGCCUCGCCUCACCUUUUCUGCGCGUCACCCAUCUCUGUAAAGUGGUUCCACCAUCCCAGCAUCCAAAUCGAGGGGGGGAAAUCACCGCCUCUCGCUGCCGCCAGACGCGCCUCUUCCUCUCGGUCGAGCUCGCGUCUACCCGUCGGUCUCCGCCCCGCCGCUCCAUCAUCAUCGCCACAUAUACCCAGAAGACAACGGGAAUUAACAGUCUUAACAGGGAAUCAUGAAGGACCGCAUGCAAGAACUUAGACAUGGGAAGGAGACGACCGAGGAGGAGGAUGAAGUUGCUGUGGGGAUGGAGAAAGGCUUUAUGGACGAAUUCUUUGAACAGGUGGAAGAGAUCCGGGGUUUCAUCGAAUCCCUGGCAGAGAAAGUUGAAGAGGUGAAGAGGAAGCACAGCGCCAUCCUUGCCUCACCAAACCCUGAUGAGAAAACCAAAGCUGAGCUUGAGGAUCUAAUGGCAGACAUCAAGAAGUUGGCCAACAAAGUACGCUCUAAGUUGAAGAGUAUCCAGCAAACCAUUGAGCAGGAAGAGGGGCAGAACAGGUCAUCAGCUGACCUGAGGAUACGUAAAACACAGCACUCCACACUGUCCCGUAAAUUUGUCGAGGUGAUGUCAGAGUACAACACCACUCAGUCGGACUACAGGGAGCGCUGCAAGGGACGCAUUCAGAGACAGCUGGAGAUCACUGGAAGAAACACAACAAACGAGGAGCUGGAGAGCAUGCUGGAAAGUGACAACCCAGCCAUCUUUACCUCGGGAAUAAUUAUGGACAACAUCACCCAGCAAGCGAUGAAUGAGAUCGAGACGCGGCACAAUGAGAUUAUCAAGCUGGAAAACAGCAUCAGAGAGCUUCAUGACAUGUUCAUGGACAUGGCCAUGCUGGUGGAGAGCCAGGGGGAAAUGAUAGACCGCAUUGAAUACAAUGUGGAGCACUCAGUAGACUAUGUGGAGAGGGCGGUAUCAGACACUAAGAAGGCUGUUAAAUACCAGAGUAAAGCCCGGAGGGUGAGUUGCUUAAACAGGAAAAACAGAGCAUGUGCGAAAACACCCUAUCACUUUGAAACAGUGAUAGAUGACUUCAGAAUCAGUGCAUGUGCAUAAUGGAGUGCAGUGGCUGUUAUCUGUGUGCAUGCUCACCUGUCGUGUAUUCUGUGUAUGGAAUGUGUGUAUUGUGAGUGUGUUUAAGUCUAUAGCAAUGACUCUCAGCCUCAGUAUCCAGGGUAUAUACGUUCACUGGACACUUUAUUAGGUACACCUUGCUGUUACUGGGUUGGACCACUUUUUGCAUUCAGAACUGCUUUAAUCCUUCAUAUCAUAGAUUCAUCAAGGUGCUGGAAACAUUCCUGAGAGAUUUUGGUCCAUAUGGACAUGAUAGCAUCCAUGAUAUGAAUCUCCUGAAGUCUGGUAACUGUGGAGGCCAUUCGAGUACAGUGAACUCACUGUCGUGUUCAAGAAACCAGUUUGAGAUUAUAUAAGCUUUGUGAUAUGGCACAUUAUCCUGAAACCAGGCAUCAGAAAAUGGGUGCACUGUGGUUAUAAAGACAUGAACAUGGUCAGCAACAUUACUCAUGUAGGCUGUGGCAUUUAAACUAUGAUCAGUUGGUCCUAAGGGGCCCAAAGUGUGCCAAGAAAAUAUCCCCCACAACCUUACACCACUGCCUAAACUGUUGAUAUAAGGCAGGAUCCAUGUUUACAUGUUGUUUAUGCCAGAUUCUGACCCUACAAUCUGAAUCUUGCAGCAGAAAUGAAGACCAGGCGGCAUUUUUCCAGCGUUCUGUUUUCCAAUUUUGGUCAGCCUGUCUGAAUUGUAGCCUCAGUUUCCUGUUGUUAGCUGGCAGGAGUGACACCCUGUGUGAUCGUCUGCUGUUGUAGCUUAUCAAGUUUUGAUGUGCUGUGCAUUCAGAGAUGCUCCUCUGCAUACCUUGUUUGUAACAAGUGGUUAUUUGACUUACUGUUGCCUGCCUGGCAUAAAACUGUCAGAAUCAUACCAUGUUCAAAGUCACUUAAAUUACCUUUCUUCUGCAUUCUGAUGCUUGCUUUGAAUUUCAGCAGAUUAUCUUGACCAUAUCCACAUGCCUUAGUGCACUGAGUUGCUGCCAUGUGAUUGCUUCAUUAGAUAUUUGUUUCAAGUUGUACCUAACAAACUGGCUAGUGAGUGUAAACAAGAAUCAUACCCAGGGGCAUUUUGAUGAGGUAACAAAAUUGAUCUAUAUUGGAAUUUAGGAGGAAAAGAAACACAGACCAUAUGUAUUUUUAAUUUAGCUUAUAUAACCAGAAUCACUUUUAACACAUGAACGUUACAAUCAGCUGAAGAGGCAUGAAGAGAAGCCAUAAUAAAUGGCUACAAGUACUGCAUAAAAGUCUGAAAGACCCAGUGAGUUAUCCCACUUCAUGAUACACUAUAAAUACUAAAACUGUCAUUUUUGCAUAUUUUUUUACUAGUUAAGCAACAUACAUCAUAUUAAAUAGUGAACUCCGGAGGUUCAUUACCUUUGGACAGAACUAUGUGAGGGUAUGCAGAGGUUAAGCUGGUUGUUCCCUCACAUCACUUGACAAACUGAUCAUGGCAGUCCUUUUUUUAACAACCUGCAACAGAGUGGAGCAAUUCUGCCACCUCUUGGAUAUUAUCUAAAAGGUGCUCAAAGGCAUAUAAAUUCCACAUAUCCUGUGACCCCAAUUCAGUGCAAAGCUCAUCUAGAUCGCUAUUUCCCCAUUUAUAAUUAAAGAUGGCAUACCAGCAAAGAGUCUUUCUUUCUUUCUUUCUUUCUUCCUUUCUUUCUUUCUUUCUUCCUUUCUUUCUUUCUUUCUUUCUUUCUUUCUUUCUUUCUUUCUUUCUUUCUUUCUCAUUCAUGCUCUUCUACAACCACUGAAUCAUCAUCUGACACCCUGCUCUCGUUGUUCUCCCUCCCCAUGUUCCCCCCCCCAUCCAGAAGGUGAUCCUGAUAGGAGUUUGUGUUGCGACGUGUGUCACCAUCCUCAUUAUUGUCCUCGCAGUGGGACUCAGAUAGGUCCCUAACAAAUCGUAACAGGGCAGACAGGGCAGUCAUUAUGAGUCACACGACUGCUGGAGAAACACAUCACACACACAACUGUUCAUGUGUUAAAAUGUAAUGUAUGGUGGCCUCUGCAGUGUGUGCAGUCAGGACUUCUUAUGAACUGGGAAGCUGGUCAUUGCAUUACUGUCUGAAGUCUGUGCAGUAUGCUAUGAGCACUCAAAUAUACUCUGCAUCAACUUUUAUUAGUGUUUUUAAUGUAUGCUUCAGGAACUGUUUGUGCUUGGCCUGUUUGUGUCACGAGUCACAUGUGCAUGUUUUGCUGUGUGUUUUCCCGCAAACACAAUUUGCAGAUGAUUGCUAAAUGAAAAUCAAAAUAAACUUGUCUCAAAUUACGGUUUUAAGGAACACUUUAUUUUAAUAAAGCGCUGUACACAUUCAGCAUAGUGAAAUUUCAUCAUCAGUCUUUCUUGUAUUUAUAGAUAAAUAAUUAAGAACCUGUUAAAAUGUGAUUAAAGGAACAGUUAAACAUUCUGGGACAUCUACUUUUGAGUCUUCUUGGUAAGAGUUAAAUGACAAAAUUGCUAAGACACAAAUUUGUGGUUUCACUGGCAUAGUUACUUUUUGGAGUAUUGACCAGGAAGUACAGCAAUCUCACAUGAACCCCAACUAGAGAUAAAAUGAAGUUCAAAAAUGUAUUCUCUCUUCCAGGUUUGCAUCAGUAUUGUGCAGAUCACUUUUAAUGAGCAUUCAUUUAUGUCUUGCUUUUGCACAUACAAAAUUUGUUUAGUCUCUGGGAAAGUUUAACGAAUAUAAAACCACAAAAAAGCCACUUGAGUCACUGUAGAAAUGUUACCAAGGCUAUGUGGAGUUUUCAUAUCCUUCUAACUUGAUACAUCCAUAUAAAAAGCUAUAACAGUUUAAUUUGUAAAGUUAUGAGGUGCUGCUAUGGGUAGGUUUGUUUGCUUUUUUUGAUUGACACAGUGAUUUAUAUAACACAGACAAGGUUUUUAAAAUGAAAGAAAAAACAAACAGCAACAAUAAUUGUAUUUUCUUUUUUUAUAAUAGAGAGCAUGAGAUGUCUACAGUCAUGAAAAACAAAGUGCACCCACUUUCAAUUCUAAGGUUCAGCCAUAAUGGAAAAAAAAAAAUCAGUUUUCACCUUUGCAGGUACAGAGCCUCACACGAAUAACAACACGUGAUGUGUUGAUGUGUUGCACCGUGUCAUUAUUUAUUUUACCCAUAAUCCCUGAAAAGGGUAAGUAGAAGAAGAUGGAUGGAAAGCAAAAUGCGGAAACAGUAUGUAAUAAAAUUAAGUACACCCUCACUGCUUCCACAGGACUUGCAAAGGUAAGCAGUAGCCAGAUGCUCCUAAGUAAUUUGAUUAUCUCACUCACUAAUCAUCAGCAAGUGUGACCACUUCUAUAAAUUCAGGUGUGUGUUAAAACAGUGCCACAGUCUUCCCAGAAGUGGACGUCCCAGUAAAUUCAUCCCCGAGGUCAGACCGUUCAGCGCCCAGAGUAAUGGCAGCACGGUGUUGGUUUGCAAAGUUACUCCUUUGGACAGACCAAAAUUAUUUGGCAAUAAUGCACAGCACCAUGUUUGGAGAAAACCAAACACAGCAUACUGGCAAAAACACUUCAUGCCAAUUGUCAGCAGUGGGUUAUUUGUCUUUUGGUUUGGUUCUUCUGCUUUUGUUCUGCACUGCAUUUUGUUCAGAUUAUUAUAAACCCUGUUCAAAGUACCAGCCAUGUAACUAACAUGUUUUCUCUGCUCCCCAUUUGCUGCUUUGGAUGUUUUUCUCUUUUUUUUAUUUUAUUCAUUUCUGUUAAAAAUAUGCAGAAGAAAAUUUUGAUUCUUAUAUGCUGUGUCAUUCUGGGAGUCGUCAUUGCUUCCAUUGUUGGGGGAACACUGGCCUAAACCUCAGCCACGCUCAACUUAAAAAAAAAGUCAGACAACAGAGCUAAAAACAGAACACACACAUCCCCAGUUUCCUGUUCCAGUGAAUGCAAUCUAUCAUGUGUUUAGCACAAGAUGCGUUACACAAUGUACAAUAAAUUUUAAACACAGUGUACAGGGCCAGAGGUGUGUGUGGGGGGGUUUUGUUGUUUGUUUGUUUUUUCGCAUGAGUUGCUAUUUUGUAAACGUGCGGUGCUGCAAACUGUUUCUCAGAGUGUUGCGUGUUGUCAAAGAUGUUGCUUGAAUGAAAAAGUUACUAAAUGAUAUGUAACGCUAUACUAAAACAUUCCAACUUCCACGUAUGACACUGAUUCAGAUGUGUCUUUUUUUUUUUGUCGUUGUUGUGUUGUACAGGCAAAAUUACAGGUCACUCAUCAUGUUUCCAAAGCUAUGUCAUCUGUUUGCAUUUUUUUCUUUUUGAAGACUUCUUACGUUCUCCUGCUGAUUUCUUCUACCUCCCUCUUAAAAGCCCUGCAUGGUUUAGUACACUGUAAAGUGGUGUUUUGUACUCUGUUGCAAAAGGGAACGCAACAAAAAGAACAUAGCUGUGCUGGUGUUGGAUAUUUUGCUUGUAUAUUUAACACACUGCCAACCUUUUUUUUCUACUUGCACAUCUCUUGUUGUUGACGGAAGCGAUGCUACUGUACUUGAGUUCAUCUGGCCUUAGCGGUUGUGCAGCUUUCUUGACCGUUGCUCCAGUGUUGAAUGUGAUUGAGUGCAUGCAUGCAUAUAUAAGAUGUGAAAGAGGAUUUUUGCAGCUACAUGUCUGAACGUGUUGUGUGUGAGUCGUUGGAUGAAAACCUGAGUGCUUGUUAGUAGCCAACUGUGUCUUUGUUUUCUAAACUAAUAUAAAACUCUCUAACACUGCCAGUAUAUUUAAAUAAGCUGUUAAAGUGGAGUCUAGUCUGGUUGGAUUGAUGAGGUGACAAACAUUUGUUUAUUUCUGUCCUUUCUGUAAAUCCCAAGGUUUAAACAGUGCAUAUUAUUCUGUCAAGCUACUUCUGUUUGUUUUCAUUGAUGAACUCAAUGACUCAAUGAGUGCAUCAGCAUGAACUCAAAGUAGCCCCAUUAAAAAGACUCUCAUAUCGAUUUUUUUUGGGGGGGGGGGGGCAUCAGA